UUGAGAGCGACGCUAGGGGAAAAAAAGAAUCGGCCUCUGAAGGGGAGAUAGCUCCGGCCUUCAGCGGUAAACAGUCUCCAGCUAUGGAGCCGUGCUAACGGGGUACUGCACGUGAAAUUAACGGCAUCCUGGGAUGUUCCGGCUUGUACGGAACUGAUGCAACUGAUGGAGAACCUCGGAGGGAUGAGCGUUCAGCUCGCUUGGACAUCUUUCUAGAACCAGUCGGGAGAGAGAGUGGACAUACUAACUCUCAUAUGGAAACCAAUUUGUGGAUGUCUUGAUAGAGUUUUACUCACACUUGCAGACUGUAAAGUGAUGCCAUCAGUACAUCGCCAAAAUAAUUUCAUCAUGGAAAAGCAGAAGUCAGUGAAUACUGUUGCUGCAGCGCAGUUGUCUGGAGAAUCAAGUACUUUCAUCUGCACAGAGUGUGGUGAUGGAUUCAGUCAGUACUCUAAUGUGCUGGCCCACAUGGCCAUUCAUGGACCUUUGGAAUCAUUUUCGUUUGAUGGCUCAUCCAAUGGAUUUGAGGUCCCUCGAGAAUAUGUGCUACAAGAAAAUGGUACACUGACAGUUGUGAAUGGUUUGGAGUCACGUUCUUCUUUAAAACCAGUGUCUCCUGGUGUCCUGCCAUCGUCUUUCCCAUCCCUUACCAAACCAGUGUCCCCGACUUUACAGCAACAGCCAUCUCCCAAUAGAGAUGUGUUAAGGCCAAGGCCAGCAGACUUCAACAUGGACAAGUCUCGUCAGGGUCAUCACCGUUGUGAAAUAUGUAGCAGAUCAUUUAACAGCUUGCAGAGUUUACAUCGUCACCAGCAGUAUCGAAACACAGAGCGAGGUUACAAGUGUACUUUGUGCUGUAAGAUCUUUGAAGGUAGACAUGACCUUAAAAAACACCUCCAAGACCAUGCCAAUGAAAGGUUUCACUGCUGUAGUCAUUGUGGUAAGCGAUUCCUUAAAGUGGAUGCACUCAAUGCUCAUCAAAAAGAAAAUCACCCCUCCCCCAAGGCUACAGCUUUGGGUAAGUCUGUGAAUAAGCAGGAAAAGAAACUUGAGAAAACAUAUUCUUGUAGGAAGUGCAAGUUGAAUUUUUUCUGGAUGUCAGAUUUUCAGACACAUUCACUGCACCAUUGCACAGGAAAAGAGCCUGAUGCUAAUUUAGCAACAGAAAUCGAAGUAGAAAUAAACCCAAAAAACAUUGAAGAUGACCCAUUUGAAAACUGCUACAGUAAUGGCACUGAUGUAAAGAAUGGGGGGAGGGAAAUCCUUAGGAAAUCUAGUGAUAAGAUUGAUCCUGAUUACUCUUUCACACCAUACAGAUGUGGUUUAUGUGGGGAUCGUUUCCAAAAGUUAACAGCUCUGAAGGAGCAUCAUCUCACACAUCAAACUCAGGAAGAAAUAGAUCAGCUGAACCAAGAAUCGCAAAGAAUCAUUAAGCGAAGAAUUUCGCCUAAAGGCAGACGUAGAAGAGGGAGUAAUCCAAAUGGCAAGCUGCAUCCUUGCAAGCACUGUCAUCGCGUCUUUAAUCAUUCUAGCAGUUUAUCACGACACAUGAGAUACCAUAAGGGUACUAUGCACACAUGUGUAUUUUGUGGUAGAGCUUUUCCACAGCGCUGUGAUUUGAGAAGGCAUAUAGCCAUGUACCACAAAACUGAGUUAGAAAAGAAACCAGGUUUGAAACACUUGUACACAAAUCCACAAAAUGGGUCUGCCUCCAAUUCUCUUAACGGUGAGAAAAUUCCAAGCUCUCCUGAUGAGAAAACAAGGAGCUUGUCUGACCAUGAACAAACAUCAUCACCAGAGCAGCACCCAAAGGGGAAACAGUCAGGAAAAGCGGGCAGAGUUAACUACAAGUGUCAGGAAUGUGGAAAGAGAUUUGGGCUGUUAUGUGUGUACCAACGACACUUGCGCUAUCACAAAAAGGAACCUAGUAAGUGUCCCAAGUGUCCAGCUCAAUUCAGAAACUCUUCAUCCCUUGAGGUUCACCUUCAAGAUCACCCGAGCACUGGAGAUACGAAUGAUGUUGGACAAAAAACUCACGGGACUGGUUCUAGUAGGGACCCUGUCUUAGAAAAGGGUCACGCAGAGGACCUAGAAGAUGACUUUAUGGACCAUACUGGAAAUGAUAAAGGAAAUUCUUCAGAGGUUCUUUACGAAUGCACAGAGUGCACUGAGACAUUCUCAUGCUUGGACACGUUUCUUCAGCACCAGACUUCUCAUGGCUCAGAAAGCAACGGGUAACUAUCAUGUCAGCCCCUCUAGUUAUUAAUAUUGCCAACAAUCAAGCUCUCUGGAGUCGAGUGAUUUUGACUCUUUUGAAUGCAAACAUUUAAAUAACUGUAUAGAUUGAUGUAAAGUUUGUUAGUAAUAUUAUUUUUGAAUAACUGCUUUCACACACCUUUUCUUUGGCAUAAGGAGAAAAAUAUGUUUAUUGGUAAAUUCCAGACACCAGUAAGAACAAGAAGAGAAAGAGGGUUUGGUAGGGAGCAUAGCAAGUUACUUAUGCAUUCAAUUUAUUUAAAAAACAAAAACAAAAAAACAGCACAUCAUGACAUUGGUAAAUUGCAAGUUUAAACCUUCAAGCAAAUAUUCUCCCACAGGCUCCAAGUGUAGUUAACUUGAUGUCCCACCAAUUGUUGACUAGCUAGUAUGAAUACGUUGCUUUCAUUGUAUUUUAGUGGCUACCCAUGCUGUUAUUGUUAAUCACAUUGCUGCAUUUUUCAUUAUUUUUUACUUGCAAUUUUGUGAUUUUGAGAUUGUCCUAAAUAUGUGGUAUGUGUAUGUCUUACUUUUGAAAAGGUAGCUUUGUCACAAAGUGGAUUUUUUUAUUGUGCCAUUAAAGUUGUAAAGAGAAA